CGAAACAGCAAAGAUGUUCUUCAUGAAACUGUAAAACCGAAGCGGGCCGAUCUUGAAGAAGGAAGUAAAGAACUAGAAUUAUGGACGAUUUGGAUACCCCCGGACUCAACAAUGGCGCAGCCGAGUCUUCCGGUCGUGGCAACUCGAAAAUGACGGAAGAUGAACUGUUGAAAGAAUUGAAAGCGCUCCAAAAUGAAAACAAUAAGUUAAAAUCUAAAUUAAUGCAAACGAAUUUGGAAGACAAUACUCAUGGAGAAUCGCCAGCUCAAGGACCUGAUAGUUUCCGCAACGAACGGUCAAGUUCGAUUAGAAUUGAUGCAGCUGAAACAUCUUGGAUGUCAACGUUUCCUACAAGUGGUAUGUCGCUGGGCGCAUUGAAUAUUCCCGAGUGCAGCCCAUCCGACGGAGAAACUGAAAUCGACAGGAAAGCUUAUGAGCAUUGGAGGAAAAUUUUGGAUGCAUCUUUGGAUCUCAUGAAGUCAACGGACGAAAGAACUAAAAUAGGAAUUUUCAAAAUUAAGGCUGGAGCGAAACUGCUGGAAGUAUUCGAGAGUACGAAGACAUCUCCUGGUAUGCCGGAUGAGAUUUUGGAGCCAUAUGGCAACGCUAUCGCUCGGCUGAAUGAGUAUUUUGGUUCAAGAACUUACAUGAUGUCUCAAAGAAGCAAACUCCUAAACAUGACACAGAAGUUCAUGUGACUUCCGCCAAGGAUUGGGGGGAUCGAAAAUUUUGAAUUGCUCUUAUUUUGUCUUCUUCAAUUUUCCAACCAUUUUCAGAAAGCCGGAAUCCCAGAAAUCUUACAGAAGUUUGUCCGAUUGCGCAUUUCGACAGGUUUAUGCUCACGUUGUGGUUCUCCAGACGUUUCAUUACUUCUGCUAGAUUUUCAUCAUGCUCUUUUUUCGUCCUUCCGUGGAUCAGAACAUCAUCCAAGUAAUUCACUGUGCCUUUACAUCCCUUUAAAAUGAUCGAUUGAAGUAUCUCUUGAAAAAUAUCGGGGGCAUUACACAGCCCAAAAGGUAGUCUACAGUAUCUGUACAAAGCAUCACCGGCGAAGAAAUUUGUUAAAUGCCGUGAAUCCUUAUCUAGUUCCACGUGAAAAUAGGCGCUAGUUAGGUCGAUGGUAGAGAAGUAAGUUGAUCCAUGCAAUUCCAUGAGUAUUGAAUCGAACGUGGGCAUUUUGAAAGGUGUCCUAUAAAUGCAUUUGUUGGGGCCUCUAAGAUCUAUCACCAAACGAAUGUCAUCCUUUCCUUUAGGAACCACCAAUAAUGACGAACAAAACGAUCUGUCCAUAGAUUCAGUCACUUCUUCAAUUAUGCCUGUUAAUAAUUUACUUAUCAAUAAUCUGCAAAAAACAAUUGAGAUUGGAAGCAUAUUUAUUAACCUACCUGUGGCAAGCAAAUCAUCAAUCUUCUGUUUUACUCGGUCUUUAAAA